AUGACUACCAAAUACAACAAACUUGCAGGCAAGCAUGUUCUUGUUAUCGGCGGCUCGUCGGGCAUCGGUCUAGGCGUCGCAGAAGCCUCUAUUGCCAGCGGUGCAAACGUGACGAUUUCAUCUUCCUCAACAACCAAGCUCUCUGCCGCAGUCACACAUCUCCAAAAUGCCAUCCACACUCCGACGAAGCAAAAAAUCCAAAGCUUCACGGCUGAUCUCUCCGGGCCAGAUGCCGAAGCCAAUAUCGAAGCCGUCUUCAGGCAAGCCGGCCCCAUCGACCACAUCGUCUUCACAGCGGCGAACACGCCUUCCUUGAUGAUGCUGCAAGACGUCACACCAGACAAAAUUCUUGCCGCCUGCCAAAUGCGCUUCGUCGCGCCAUUGAUGCUGGCAAAAGUUGCGGAAAGGUACCUGCCAAAGAGCAACGAAUCAUCCUUCACCAUCACCAGCGGCAGUGCGGCGCAGAAGUCGACGCCUGGCUGGUCCGUGAUAUCUUACCUUGCUGGUGGGCUGCAGGGAGUAGUCAAGCAGCUUGCGGUGGAGCUGAAGCCCAUCAGGGUUAAUGUCGUUGCUCCUGGCUUCGUUGAUACUGAACUAUGGGACGGCAUGGAGGAGGAAGACAAGAAAUCCAUGGUCAAAGCAAUGGAAGAGAAGGUGCCAACGGGUCGAUUUGGUAUGGUUGAAGACGUUGCCGAGGCAUACAUUUGGCUCGUGAAGGACCGCAACGUGACGGGGACUGUAGCAGCGACGGAUAGCGGUGCUCUAGUUGUAUGA